CUUAGAAAUGUGUUUACUUUUACUUAGCAGUUCGUUAAUAUUUGGACUGUUCGUAUUUCAAAUAUCGUUUAAUUUUUUAACAGUUCGUAGUUAUACUAGUCAGUAUAGGUUUCUCAAAUUGUAAUUCAUUGCCUAUUUAAUUUUAGAUUUGUUGUCCAGUGAAAAUGUUAACGAAUAUUAUCUAGCCAAAAACCAAUACUUUUAUUGAUAUUCAAUAGGCAAUAGCAUAAAUAAAAUGGAACAAAAUAUGAAGGAAGGAAAAAUUAAAUACGACAUAACAGUGACAAAUGCUUUUAAGAAGUAUGGACAAAAUAAUGUAUUUAACGGUUUGAACAUGACUGUGAAAUCCGGUUCUAUCUAUGGUCUUUUAGGACCAAGUGGCUGUGGUAAAUCGACACUUCUUCAAUGUAUUUUGGGAGCAUUGCCAUUGGAUUCUGGUUGUAUUGAUUUACAAGCAAAAAGUGUAAACGACGUUGGAUAUAUGCCUCAGGAUUUAUGUCUGGAAGUCACGUUAACCAUAAAGGAAACCUUUGAAUACUAUGGAUCACUGUAUAGAAUGAGCAAGAUAAAUAUUAAAAACAAAUUAGACGAGCUUAAUGAAUUCCUACAGUUACCAGAUUUAAAUAGUUACAUUAAUGAAAUAAGUGGUGGCCAGAGUAGAAGAGUAUCUUUUGGUAUUAGCUUAUUACAUGACCCCAAAGUUAUGAUUUUGGAUGAACCUACAGUUGGAAUUGACCCUUUACUGAGAGAAGGAAUUUGGGCUGAGUUUACAAAAAUGGCCAAAGAACAAAAAAAAACAAUCAUAAUAACUACUCAUUAUAUCGAAGAAGCAAAUAAAUCUGAUUGCGUCGGCUUAAUGAGGAAUGGUUUAAUAAUUGAAGAAGGACCACCUCAAGAUAUCCUUGUCAAAUAUGGUACAGAUACAUUGGAAUCAGCUUUUUUAACGCUUUGCUGUAAUCAAAGAACAAUUAACAAAAAAGUCGACAACACUGUUCAAGUAAAAGAAAAAAUUCAACAAAAAAAAAUAAUGGAAUCGGGAAACGUAAAUUUGUAUAGAAUUAAAGCAUUGUUGAAAAAAAAUUACCGGGUAUGCUCUCGAGAUUAUUUGUUGUUAUUUACUGUGAUCUUACUUCCCAUUUUGCAAACAUUCAAUUUUUGUUUUGCGAUUGGAGUACCGUUCAAAGGUAUGAAAAUAGCUUAUAAAAAUGACGAGAUUAAUAUUUUAGAUUGUCAAUAUUCAAAAGUUAAUGGAUGUAUUUUUGACAAAAAUAGCAAUCAAACAAUGAGCUGUGUUAUCAUGAACUACCUCUCAUCACAUGAUUAUGAAUUAGUCGAAGUACAAGAUCGGGAAGUUGCUGAAGCUGGUAUAAAUCAUAAAAAGUAUAUUGCAUUUCUAUAUUUUCCUAAAAACUAUACUAGUGGUUUAACAAAAUAUAUUAAUGACCGUCAAUAUUUUGAUUUAGAAUCUAGAAUUUUUGUUCAUUUAACGAAUGAAAAUAUUUUAUUUAGAAAUCAAAUUACGAUGGAUGUGUUACAAUCAAUAAAUUAUCUAAUUAUGGAAGCAUUAAAUAGUUGCUCUAACAAUCCAGUAUCAAUCGGUGUACCCUUGGAGUUCAAUAAUUUAUUUGGAAAAGAAAUAAAAUCAUUUGCCAAUGGUAUCGUUGCUCUUUUUAUAGCCAUGGUAGCGUUUUAUUUCCCGAGUGUAUUUGUGGUAAGCGUAAUGAUGUCGGAAAAAAUGGAUGGACUCCUUAGCCGAUCGAUGUUUGCAGGUGUCAAAAUAUUGGAAUUGAUAAUUUCUAUGUUGUGUAUCACAACAGUGUUACUUUUGUUACAAACGAGUUCCUCCUGUUUUAUUUCAUAUUUUUUAUUUUUGAAUCCAAUACAAAUUACCAAUGGGAUGUUUGUCUAUGUGUUGUUAUUACUACUAUUGGGAUGGAUAGGCUUCUUAUUUGGUUUACUUACUGCUGUAAUAUCAACUACAAAACUAGGCGGUGUGUACAUUAUAACCGGGUCAUCUAUGACUCAGUUCAUAUUAUCAGGUGCAAUAUGGCCUUUGGAAGGACAGCCCCAAUUAUUAAGACAAGUAUCCAAGCUACUUCCUAUAAGGCUAGUAGGAAACAUAAUGAACGAUAUAGCAAUAAAAGGGUGGACAUUGGAUCAUCCAUCAAUCAUAACAGGAACUUCGAUGACGGUUUUGUAUACCAUAUUAUUAAUACUUGUAUUAAUUGUAUUAGGAAAAAUAAAAAAAGACUUGUGGGUUAUACAGAAAUAGAUAGUCAUGGCAUUAUACACAAAUACCUAAUACUUAGUAGAAAACAAUAUUUGAUAGUAAUAUGGUAACAUAGUUAUUAGCUUUUUAAUCACAAAGUUAAGUUUUUAAUACGAUGUAUACGUUAUAUUAACAUAUAACUAUCUGAAUUAUAGUUUGAUAAAAUUAGUAAGUAAUACAUUUAAUAGAAUUAUUAGAUAAUAAAAACAUUCAUAAAAACUAGAAAUUUAAAUUUUUCUCGAAUUAUAUUUUCUAGACAAUUGUAUAAGCAAUACUCACGAGUCAUUAUAUUAUUACGAAUAUAAUAAUGACCAGGUGCACACAUUAUUUAUUUUAUCAAACAUACGACGUACAACAUUUACAAAUUAUGAAUUGUAUAUCUUAUUAUUGUAAUUUCAAUUAUUUGACAAAUUUAAUGCAAUAUGUUUUUAUGCACUAUAUACUUAGGUAUACUAUAAUAUUAUAUUUUGUCUGAUUUCAUAAACAUUGGUGUAUAUGAUUAUUUGUUUGAAGUUGCGGUAAUGAAAACUAUUUUCCAUGUGGAUUAUUUUAAAUUAAUCAUUGUAGUAUAAAUACAAAUUGAUGAACUUUCAACUCAUAUAUUAGAUUUGUGUAUAUUGAAGUUUUUGAAUGACUAGGAGGGCUAAUUUGCUUAAGUUAGGUGUACAAUAUUUAAAUGUAGUCAAUUAGGCAUUUGAAUGUAAGUAAAAUGUAUAUUAUAAAUUAUGAUGUAAUUUGAUUCAAUAUUUAUUUGAAAAACAAAACAUGACUGUAUAUAAUAUUAUAAAUGUAUAAAAUUUAAAAAUAAACAAUUUUUUUAAAAUU